CUUCAAUUCUCUGAAGCAUCUCAACUUGUCCUUCAACGACCUCGAGGGUCAAAUGCCACAAGGGGGGAUGUUUCAAAAUUCUAGUGAGGUGUCUGUCCAAGGGAACAGUAUGUUAUGUUCUAGUUCCCCAAUGCUACAGCUGCCACUUUGCUUUGCAUCAUCCAGACACCGGCGCACUUGGCGAACUCUAAAGAUAACUGGGAUCAGUGUGACGGCUCUUGCUUUGGUCUGUUUGUCAUGUGUAGUAUUUAUUCUCUUGAAGAGGAGGAGUAAGAGAUCUAAACAGUCAGAUCAUCCAUCAUACACGGAGAUGAAGAGCUUCUCAUAUGCUGAUUUAGCCAAAGCGACAAAUGGUUUCUGUCCAGACAACUUGGUUGGCUCAGGGGCAUACGGAUCAGUAUGCAAGGGUGUACUUGAGUCUGAAACAAAUGGGAUGAUUGCUGUCAAAGUUUUCAAGCUUGACCAACUUGGAGCACCAAAAAGCUUUGUUGCCGAGUGUGAGGCCUUCAGAAACACUCGUCAUCAUAAUCUUGCAAGGGUGAUUUCUGCAUGCUCAACAUGGGACAACAAAGGGAACGAUUUCAAGGCUCUUAUUAUUGAAUACAUGGCUAACGGCACCCUAGAGAGCUGGAUUUAUUCAGAAACAAGAAGACCGUUGAGUUUGGGCUCCAGAGUAACAAUAGCAGUGGACAUAGCUGCUGCAUUGGAUUAUUUACAUAACAGUUGGGUGCCCCCUAUAGUCCACUGUGAUUUGAAGCCUAGCAAUGUGCUACUAGAUGAUGCCAUGGGUGCCCGUCUCAGUGACUUUGGGUUAGCUAAGUUCCUUCAAAGUCAUAACUCUUCCAGUACUAUUACUUCUACGAGCUUAGCAGGGCCAAGAGGAUCAAUUGGAUACAUUGCACCAGAGUAUGGCAUCGGGAACAAGAUCUCAACGGCGGGUGAUGUGUAUAGCUAUGGAAUUAUCAUCCUAGAAAUGCUCACGGGGAAACGCCCAACAGAUGUGUUGUUCAAUAAUGGCCUGAGCCUUCAGAAAUUUGUGGGAAAUGCAUUCCCCGAAAAGAUCCGUGAGAUACUUGAUCCUAAUUUCAACAUCCCGAGUUUAGGAGACGAAGGUGUGGACCAUGGAAACCAUGCAAUGGUGGGGAUGCUGAGCUGCAUUAUGCAGCUUGUUCAGCUUGGGCUCUCAUGCUCCACGGAGACACCAAAAGAUCGACCGACAAUGCCGGAAGUUUAUGCAGAAGUCUCCGCAAUCAAACGAGAAUAUUCAGCGUUGCGUGUCAAGGAAUAGGACACUUUUGUUUUGUUCGUUUGUAUGUUACAAGUGAGUUGUAGUCUAUGCUUAGUUUUCUCAGGUGACUGGAAGAUAUCUUCC